GAAUAGAAGUUGUCAGGCAGGAACGGGACGGGGCAGUCUCCCACUCCAUUUCUUCAGCUAUCGGCCUGCACUAUCCCUCCUGUAUGGUGGAUAUUAUAUUCAAUUCUUCUUUCUUGGGUGAUAUGGGGGAUCAUUCCAAAAGUAAGUAAACAUUUGCGUCUCUCUUUUUUUAAAACUUUAACCCAGGCACAUUUAUGAUUGAUUUUAUCAUUAAUAAUAUUGGGCUACUAUUGAAACAUUGUAUGUACAAUCAUAUGCAUAUGUUUAGCGUUAAACAGACCCAGUGAAUCGAAAGCAAGGCCUUUAUCGUUGGUAAUGGUGAUAUGAAUACAUUUUAGUAGAGGUCUAUGGUCAGUUUUAAGCGUAGGCUACGGCCCUUCAUUCUGGAAAUGACAAGGAUGACAGAACAGGACAAGCUGCAUUGACAGGCGACAGAGUGGACACAACACAAAGCGAGUAUGUCUGGGGGAUUACAUGGGUGUACGUGGUGGUAGCAUAAAUAUACAAUGUGCAUUCCACAGAGAAGUCUGGAAUCGCAAUGUGUGUGGGCUGUGGGAGUCAGAUCCACGACCAGUACAUCCUGCGGGUCGCCCCGGACCUGGAGUGGCAUGCUGCGUGUCUGAAGUGCGCGGAAUGCAGUCAGUACCUGGAUGAGACGUGCACUUGCUUCGUCCGAGAUGGCAAGACAUACUGCAAAAGAGAUUAUGUAAGGUAGGAGUUGACUAACUUUCCUCACUAACGUUAUUUCAGAGCUUUGGAAUGUCCAAAGGCCAAAAUUGUGAUUUGAUUUAGCUACUGUACAAGAAAGUGGAAAUGUAUUAGAAGCUUGUUGACAUUAAUGCAAAAAAGGAUCUAUAUGAGACACAAUAGCAUAUAGGCUAGUCAAAGUUUCUGUUUGUUAAAAAAAUAAUAAAAAAUAAUAAAAAAGUUGUCUUAUCGUAGGCAUGUUUUUGGGAUGAUUUGAGCCUAAUGUUUUAUGCUUGGGAAGAAAAGUGUGUAAUAUAUAGGCCUAGUGUGGUCCUCUGUAGCUCAGCUGGUAGAGCACGGCGCUUGUAACGCCAAGGUAGUGGGUUCGAUCCCCGGGACCACCCAUACACAAAAAAAAUGUAUGCACACAUGACUGUAAGUCGCUUUGGAUAAAAGCGUCUGCUAAAUGGCAUAUUAUUAUAUUAUUAUAGUAGGUACAAUAUGAAUUCCCAAACUGUUUUGAUGAUUUUAUUGUGGAUGAUGGCUAUCCUUGAAAUACAUUUGACUUACUCAGCCAGGAUCAUAGACAUUAAAACCAGGCAAGGAUGCGUGAAGCCAUUCCUGCUAUAUGCCCAUGCAUUAUAACAUAUUGAGACCAAUAUUCCUAUGUCCUUUUCAGAUUAUUUGGGAUUAAAUGUGCAAACUGUAACAUUGGCUUCUGCAGCAGCGAUCUGGUGAUGAGAGCUCGUGACAACGUGUACCACAUGGAGUGUUUUAGGUGCUCGGUUUGCAGCAGGCAUCUCCUGCCGGGGGAUGAGUUCUCUCUGCGGGACGAGGAGCUGCUGUGUCGGGCUGAUCAUGGUUUACUGAUGGAACGGGCCUCAGCGGGAAGUCCCCUAAAUCCGGGAAUUAUUCACUCCAGGUCUCUUCAUAUUGCAGGUCAGUAAAAUAAUAAUGGUGGUAAUAAUAAUAGCGAUAGUAUAAUAUUAAUAACAACGUUAAUAACAACUAAAGGAUAUAAUAUAAUAAUAGUAUAAUUAUUAUUAUUCUUGUCUGUAAAAUUGUCCUUUCACUGAGCAAGUUUGCAGACUUUUAAGCCUACUAGUUUAUUAAAUUACAUUAAUUGGUAGACUAAACAAAGUACAGCCUAUUGUGUGCUGUUUUUAUCUAUUACAUUUGUUCAAUUAUUAGACUAAAAUGUAGCCUAUCUAAAUGCGUUUAUUUCGAAAACAAUAAAGGUAACAUUUAGGCUGUGUGAAGGGGGUAUUCUGCAAUGGUCGAUAUAUUUUUGGUAAUUUAGCCUAUAUAGGCCUACUGAACGUUUAGAGUUUGUAGAUGUGAAGUUAGAAGAAGAGAGAAUAAAAGACAUCGAUCGAAACAUAGGGCUAAUUCUACAACAGAAAAAUAAUGUUAUUUCAAUGUAUUAAAAAAAUAUAUAUAUGUAGUUCACAAGUAUGUUUUUUGAGUUAGUAGCCUAUUUGCAAGGAGAUGCAAACCUAUAUAGCCUAUAGGUUUAAUUAAAGUUUAACAAACCAUCUUAUUACUUAGGCUAUCACAAAAUUACAUGAUUAGACUCCCAGUAGUAUAAUCGUUAGCCUAUUAUUAGCUGAAUAGGGAGAAGAAGGGUAUCAUCAGCCAUUUUCCUUUUCGAUGCAUUUCUAAAUUGGGAUCAGUCAGUGGAAAUUCAAUUUUCAAAAGGUAUUUCCUUUUGAAUAUUUGUCCGACAGAUCCUGUGUCCGUUCGACAGCCUCCUCAUCGGAACCACGUCCACAAGCAGUCUGAGAAGACCACUCGGGUGCGAACAGUAUUGAACGAGAAGCAGCUCCAUACCCUGCGGACCUGUUACAAUGCCAACCCAAGACCAGACGCACUUAUGAAAGAACAAUUGGUUGAGAUGACCGGUCUUAGCCCAAGGGUCAUCAGAGUUUGGUUCCAGAACAAACGUUGUAAAGACAAGAAGAGAUCGAUAUUCAUGAAGCAACUUCAACAACAGCAUCACAGCGAUAAAACGGUGAGGUUAUUGAGACUUUCCAAUGCAACAAACAUUUUGGUCUACUAAAAAGAAAGGUGCAAUUUAAUGGAGCGUGCCAAAAUGUUGAGACAACCAGAUGGUGGUGAGAUGUUUGUUGUGAUACAUUUUCGUUUUCUCUGUAGAAUCUUCAGGGGCUGACGGGUACGCCUCUGGUGGCAGGCAGUCCAAUUCGACACGACAACACGGUCCAAGGGAACCCAGUAGAGGUGCAGACUUACCAGCCCCCAUGGAAGGCCCUGAGCGAGUUCGCCUUGCAGAGUGACCUGGACCAGCCAGCCUUCCAGCAGUUGGUAGGCACCCACACGAAAAAGAAAAAGAGAGCUGCACACUCUAGACACACAUACACACACAAACAGAAACGAGAAUUUUGAAAUAAAUGAAUGUUUAUUCACGAAGCUAAACACCAUCCACUGUAUCUCAAUUCAGAUUAGAGACUGCUGCUUUAGUCACUCAAUCAAUUUCUAAAUAGUAAAUUAAUGCUUCUAAGCAUUACAUUCAAAUGCUGAUCGAUUUACAUUAUGGGCUGUAAUAGGCUACACAAAUUCUUAUUGACAUAAAUAAUCUUUGCAUUGGACUUAAUCGAAACAUAACGCCUGUAUCACACGAAGCAAUUUGUACCCAAUUUCUGCUGAAAAUGUUUUUUUUAAACCUUUAUUUAAUUAGGCAAGUCAAUGCAAGUUGCAAGUGACAUCAUCUAGAGCAACUUUUCUGAUACAAUUCAAACGCAAUUGAAAUUGCAUGCAACAUCCAAUCCUGUCAUAAAUCACGUCAUGGUUUCAUAAAAUGAUUUGUUUGGUAAUUGUAACAGCAUCGAUAGACAAACUGCUAUCUGUACAAUUUAGCUAACUAGCCAAAAUGUUGCCUAUUUGCCAACCAUGUUUUAACAAUAUAGCUAACUUGGGUAGCUAACCAAGCUAGGGAUGACUAGCCAGUUCAUGUUGAACCAUUUCAGUUGAAACUGGACAGAGAAUGGUCUGGGUUCACUUCUAAAAUGACAUUUAUUGUCUGCCAGACCAUGUACAUAACCCAUGACUAGCCAUGAUGUCUAGAAUGUAUACAUACCCCAUUUGGCAUGUAUUUUCUGUCUCGGUUUGCAACAGCACUGACAGCUGUGUUGACAUGACAACUGGUUGGAGUCCUGAACAGAACGAUAUGAGUUCUGCUCACUGAUUGGACAUUGCAUACAAUCAGUUGCAUGAAAUAGGAUUGAUUUCUGUCUUGUGAUGCAAUGCAACUAAGACACACGGAGCAACAGGGGGGUGACACACGGAGCAACAUACAUUGCGUCCAGAUUGAUUCGUGUGGCAUCGGCUUUAGGGUCCAUAUUAAUAGGCUAUACAAUAAACACUUUUUUUGUUGCAAUAUUGGGGAGGAAACAACGCUUAUUAAACACUUGUUUCCAUCGCAGGUGUGUUUUUCUGAAUCGGGCUCCAUGGGUAACUCCUCGGGCAGUGAUGUGACCUCCUUGUCGUCGCAGUUGCCGGACACCCCGAACAGCAUGGUAGCGAGUCCGGCAGACACGUGAGACCAGCCCAACAGGUCGUUUCGAACCCCAGCAUGCUCCCGCGUGUCCUGCAUGAGAACUGGCCAGCUCACAGCAUGGAUAGGGAAAUGAUUUAAUCUUAUUUAAAGAACAAUAUCGUUGGAAUGGUCUACGAGGAUACCAAUUGUUCACGGAUGGACCUGUCCACAGCAUUGUUCGGGAUCAGAUGAAUUUCAAGGUACCAGUGUGACAACCAAGGCCUAUAACUAAAACAGAGUCUGAGCUUCGGAUCCUACAUGGUUGGACAUACUUGAGGAUUAUAUCUACAAACAUUCAACUUUAUUAUGAGCCACUGACUUAUAAUGUACAUAUCAGAACAUUAUCCAUAGUGGCCAACACGGCCAUCAUUGUAUAGUUUCAUCUAAGUUUCCUAUGCCGGGUUGGGAUCAUAUGGAGCCCCAUGUCUCUGUAGAUGUGCAUGAUUUCUAGAGAUGAUGAAUAUCAAGUCUUGUAAAAUAUUGUAAUUAAGUGGAUGAGAUACAGAUUGUUUGAGCCUUUUAAGAAAAAGUAAGUUAUUGUUAUUUAUUGUGAGGAAAGACAGGCAAUCUUAAUAAACC